AUGGCCUCCAUGGCAGUCCCAGGAACUGCCACGUCUCGGUCACUCGCACAUGUCUCCAAAGCAGCUGUAUAUAACUCAGCAGAGGCGAUAUCCAAUUCCGUACUCGGCAUGAAACCCGCCGAUACUACGCCGUCGACCAGCUUUGGUCUCUUAGGGCGUGUCAUUCUGUCCAUUUUCAGUGUACUGCCUACCGUGUUGUAUUGGGUUACAUAUACCCUGCCGACAUGGCUAUUUACGCUCUUUUCCAUGAGCUUGACCUUCACGAUGAACUUUACAACUUUGAUGCUCGUUGUCGUCUUCAUUGUAUCUACCGUCAGCUACUUCGUGAGGUACCGAUACAUGACUAUGUACGCACGACUACCGCCUGAGCCGCAGCGUGAGGAACCACAGGUCGAGGUCUUUCCGGACAGCGCCGAAAGCGAUUCCAAGAGAGGCUUGUCCAACUACCUCGAUGAAUUCUUGAGCGCCAUCAAAGUGUUCGGUUACUUGGAGCGUCCAGUGUUCCACGAACUGACACGCACUAUGCAGACUCGUCGUUUGGUUGCUGGCGAGACCAUUCUCUUGGAAGAAGAGAAAGGCUUUUGUCUGGUAGUAGAUGGCUUAGUCCAGAUCUUUGUCAAGUCAAAUCGGACUGACUCGGACUCUGAUGAGGAUGACAUGGGCGAGGGAUCGUCCGGCGACCGCAACCGGCAGGGUUACCAACUUCUUACUGAAGUGAAAAAUGGAGCACCAAUGUCUUCCUUGUUCUCCAUUCUCUCGCUAUUUACAGAAGAUGUCAAGCUGCGUCAUGACGAAGAUGAAGACCCGAGACCAAGUGUGCCGGGAACACCUCAACGAGAAGCAAGACCAUCGAUGUCACGGAACAGUAGCUUUACUUUCGACGAUUCGAGACCGCACACUCCACGCGAAGUUCCCGAGGCCAAACUGCGGCAUCGGAGGACAUCAACUUUGAAUAGUCCAACAGCAGACGGUCGACUUCAAAGCGUACCGCCCCUGUCGUUGGACCUAGACGGAUUUGGUGAUGAGCAUCUCAAACACAGCAAAACUCGGGCAUCGCCUUCGCGCUCUGCGAAGCCCAAGUCUGCCCAUCCAGAUAUUGUCGCACGCGCAACUGUAGAUACAACUAUUGCUAUCAUUCCGGCUACUGCAUUCCGUCGACUGACGCGCAUAUACCCUAAAGCGACGGCGCACAUUGUUCAAGUCAUCCUUACGCGCCUCCAGAGAGUCACUCUCGCGACCAGCCAUGCUUAUCUUAGUCUGACGAACGAGGUGCUCCGUACGGAAAAGCUCAUGAACAAGUAUACUACAUACGAUCUUCCAGGCUUCCUACGUGAUGCUCCUCUUGAGAGACUUAAGGAGAAAUUUGCGAAGGAAACGGAGCGCAUCGGCUCAGACGAGGGCAUGAAAGGGAUUGCAUUACAUAACCCUGGAGCUGGUCGCAGACGGAGAUCUAGUGUCUCAUUGAGAAGAGGAACAGCUGCACAAGCCCGUCUCGCUGCGGCGCGCGGAGCCAACACUAAUACAAGUAAAGAAAUGCUACCCAAAAUCACUUCACCGGACCAGGGACCACGUAACGACCGAAUCAGCGCAGGCGAUCUGUUGACCAACUCGCAGAUGGCGCGAGGAUCCGGUCGCAGCGGUCGUAACAGUUUCUCUCAACCAUACCAACAUCAACAGGACCGCCGAGACAUUCGCACACCAUUGGACGCCAGCAAUUUCAAUCCUUUUGCAUCUCCUUCGCUACGCCCUAAAACAUUGCAUCGGCAAGAGUCUAUCGAUGAAGCUACAGUAUUUAGGGAGUCCAUACUGGGGUGCAUGUUCAAGGCUAUCGGACUUACUAACCCGGAGAAUCCCAUGCCCAAACCAACUGCCUCGGUGGAACAGUCACCUCAGCUUGUCUCCUUUGACGCGAAGAGGCAAAAGGCUGUGUUCACGAACGCAUUUGGCUUCAUCGACCCUUACGCUGGGGGCUCACGGGAUGGAGACACCGAGUCUGUAGCAUCAGCGUCAGGAAUGUCGAGCAUGAGCGCUGCAGGUUCACACAACAUCUUGGAAGAGGUCGUCAACGACGUGGAAAUCGUCUUCUUCCCCAAAGACUCCGUACUUGUGGAGCAGGGAGAAAGGAACCCUGGUUUAUACUACGUGAUCGAUGGGUUCCUGGACGUGAGCGUACCCGUGGAAGAUGAUGGACCCGAGACCAACGUGCUAGGGACACUUCCGAAUGGGCCUGGCUACACUGAAGAAGACCUCUUUGGUACAUCAUCACGCCCACCGGGAUCAAGUACUCCUCCGCGAACUGCUGCUGAUGGUAACAAGAAGAAGCGCACAAGGCGCAGUCUGUUCAUGACCAAGCCUGGUGGACUAGCUGGCUAUCUUGGAGCGGUAUCAUCAAAUCGAUCUUUCGUCGACGUUACAGCCAAGACGGACGUAUACGUAGGUUUCCUACCCCGCUCAGCAAUUGAGAGGAUCGUUGAACGGUACCCUGUUGUACUACUCACCAUAGCAAAACGCCUUACUACACUCCUACCACGUCUGAUUCAACAUAUCGACUUCGCUUUGGAAUGGAUCCAAGUAAACGCCGGACAAGUGAUCUACAAUCAGGGUGACGAGAGUGAUGCUAUUUACAUCGUCUUAAACGGAAGAUUGCGAGCCAUCCGCGAUGCUGAAAACAGCACCGUGAAGGUUAUCGGCGAAUACGGUCAAGGUGAUAGCGUCGGUGAACUUGAAGUGCUUACGGAAUCCUCUCGGCCAGGAUCACUACACGCCAUCCGAGACACAGAACUUGCAAAAUUUCCGAAGACGCUCUUCAACAGUCUUGCACUGGAACAUCCUGGCAUCACCAUCAAGAUUUCGAAGAUUAUCGCGUCCCGUAUGCGAGCCUUGGUUGAUGACCCGCUGCAUGAACAAAGCAAAGAGCGUGGCACAAAAGCCACUCGGGCAAACGUGUCUUCGACGGUCAACCUCCGCACUGUCGCUGUUCUUCCGGUGACUGCUGGUAUUCCAGUAGUGGACUUUGGAAGCCGCCUAGUAAACGCGCUCACGCAAAUUGGUAUGCCACAAGGCGUAGUCUCUCUCAACCAAGCUGCCAUUCUCAACCAUCUCGGACGGCAUGCCUUCAGCCGCAUGGGCAAACUCAAGCUUUCGCAAUACCUUGCCGAUCUUGAAGAAAGAUAUGGCAUGGUCAUCUAUGUUGCUGACACGCCAGUUAAAUCGCCUUGGACUCAGACAUGUAUUAACCAGGCUGAUUGCAUUCUCCUUGUGGGUCUAGCUGAGUCGUCACCAAACAUCGGAGAGUACGAGCGGUUCCUCUUGACAACGAAAACGACUGCACGCAAAGAGCUGGUGCUUCUGCAUUCAGAAAGAUACUGUCCUUCAGGAUUGACACGAAAGUGGUUACGCAACCGCCCCUGGAUCAACGGCAGUCAUCAUCACAUCCAGAUGUCAUUCCGCGCGACCUCGGAACCAGUUCAUCAUGCUGGAAGGCGCUUUGGAAACGCGCUCAAGCAACGCGUGCAGGUUAUCCAGGCUGAAAUCCAGAAGUACACUUCAAGGAAAGUUCGACAGACGCCGCUGUACUCGGCAGACACACCAUUCAAGGGCGACUUCCAUCGCCUCGCACGACGCCUGUGCGGCCGCUCAGUCGGGCUCGUAUUAGGAGGUGGCGGUGCUCGUGGUAUAUCGCAAAUCGGCAUCAUUCGCGCGCUUGAAGAAGCUGGUAUUCCAAUCGACAUCGUGGGCGGUACAUCUAUCGGCAGUUUUAUAGGUGCACUCUACGCUUGGGAUGCAGAUGUCGUCCCCAUGUAUGGCCGAGCGAAGAAAUUUGCAGGCCGCAUGGGUAGUAUGUGGAGAUUUGCACUCGAUCUCACCUACCCUUCUGCUUCAUACACUACCGGCCACGAAUUCAAUCGCGGUAUCUUCAAAACGUUUGGUAACUCCCAAAUAGAGGACUUUUGGCUCGAAUUUUACUGCAAUACCACAAACAUCAGUAAAUCGCGUUCGGAAAUACACACAAGCGGAUACGUCUGGCGCUACGUCCGCGCAUCAAUGUCGCUUGCCGGGUUGCUUCCCCCGCUGUGUGACAACGGUAGUAUGCUUUUGGAUGGUGGCUAUAUCGACAACUUGACCGUCACGCACAUGAAGAGUCUCGGCGCAGAUGUUAUCUUCGCUGUUGACGUCGGCAGUCUGGAUGACAACGCACCGCAAUCUUUCGGCGACUCAUUAAGUGGCUUCUGGGCGACAUUCAAUCGCUGGAAUCCAUUCUCUAGCUUUCCCAACCCUCCGACCUUAUCGGAGAUCCAGUCGCGCCUCGCGUACGUGUCUAGUAUCGAUGCGCUGGAACGUGCGAAGAACACGCCGGGAUGCAGGUACAUGCGCCCGCCAAUCGAUCCGUACGGCACGCUUGACUUUGCGAAAUUUGAGGAGAUCUACGAAGUAGGAUACAAAUACGGCAAAGAAUAUCUAGCGCAGCUUCGCGAACAAGGCGUGCUUCCCGUCACCGAAGAGACGGAGAAAGAAAAGAAUCUCCGACGGACAAUGGCACCGCGACGGGCAAGCAUCUAG